GCCUCCGUCCCCUCUUUUGUCUUCUCUUCCUUCCCUUUCUUUCCUUCCUUCCUUUACUCAACCUUUACAUCCUUUCUUCAACGCCAUCCACUGCACUCCUUUUCUUUCACCAAGAUUGUCUAUUUUCUUCCUUUGUAUCUUGUAUCUAUCUAUACCUUCUUUGCAUCAAAUUAAAUCCCAAAGGAGCCCACCUCCACACCCACGCACCAGCCGAAAGCCAAAUAUCAUUUACUAACCAUGGGAGCAGAAACCGUCAGCACGCAUACCGUCAACGACGCCACCACAACCAUCGUCACCCGCACCACCACUAUUGUCUCUGAACACGAGGAGAUAGUCGAGCCCAAGGAUCAUCAUCACCACCACCGCGGCGUUGUUGAAAACGUCCGACAGACCUUCCGCGAUUAUUGGUAUCCCUCGAACUCGAACCAGGACGAAGACGAAGACGAAGACGAUGACGACACCGAUGAGAUUCAUCACGACCCUUCGCUCCUUCGGAACAACAGCGUCCUGCGACGCGCUUAUGAUUAUGUGAAAACUCUCACCCAGGAUGCGGAUGAGGCCGCCAAGGAGCUUGUCAUCGAAGCCAGGAAGGCACGCGACGAGGCUGCAGCCGAGGCCAAGUGGGCAAUGUUUGGCUACAAGAAGGAAGCUCGUGAGGCAUACGAGGCUGCCGAAAAGAAAUACAAGGAGGCCCUUGCGUCUGCGGAGCGUGUCCACGAGGAAGCGCGCGAGAAGGCUAAAUCAAAGUGGUUCCAGACCCUUGACAAGACCGAGCGCGAGGUUGAAGACAUCAAGGACGAGGCUUCGGAGAUCACCCACAAGAAAUGGGAUCGCUUCAAGUCAGCCGUCAACUCGUUGGUCUACAGCCCACCCAAGUACGAAUGCGGUCCCAAUUCGCAGUACUGGUUCUCGCGUCAUCACUCAGGUGGAUGGGAUUGCAGAGAGGUUUGGGAUCACCCUAGCCGACACGAUCACCGUCAUCUUAACGUCAAGACAGUGCCCAAGAAACAUAUCUCAACCGAGCGCGUGCAUGAUUCGCUGAACGAUCUGUGGAAUCAGGCUGCGGCGAAGUCCAAGAAUGCUCCAUCUGUCUCGUCGUUCGAGUCCAGCUUGAAGCCUGUCAAGGAUUAUUACCACAGUGUCUUGGACCGCAUCUACCGCGGCGAGGCUGGUGCAGUCGAGGAGCUAGAUUCGGUGGCUGACAAGAUCAAGUCCAAGUUGAACGAGGCCAAGUACUAUGAAGAGCAGACCGACUCGUGGUUGACCUCGCAGUGGAACGCUAUUGUCGACAACACCGGUGAGACCAAGGAUCACUAUGAACGUGCCUUCAAGAACACUCUGAAGAGCGUCAGGAACACGCGCGCCGAAAUUUACAACUCGUUCCUCAACAGCUUGCAGAGAUCUGUUAACAUUGCCAGGAACAACAUCAAUGACGCCUACCGCGCCACCAAGGACCAGGCUGAUAAGUCCCGCCUCCAUAAGGCCAUCAAGGAUGCAACCGACUCCUUUACCACCACGAUCAAGGAUGCCGAGGCCAAGAUCAAGGCGGCCCCUAGGAACGCGUAUGACAGUGCUGUCGAGACCUUCAACCGCGACACAGCACACCUCAAGGCUAAGCUCGAGCACGCUGCUUCGAUUGCUUCCAAGUCUGCAUCCUCCGCCUCUCAUCACGCGUCCAAGUCUGGCUCGUCUGCUGCUCACCAUGCAUCCAAGUCUGGCUCGUCUGCCAUUCAUCAUGCGUCUAAGUCUGGCUCGGCUGCCAUCCACCAUGCGUCCAAGUCUGGCUCGGCUGCCAUUCACCAUGCGUCAAAAUCGGCUUCGUCGCUUUCUCACAAGGCAUCCAAGUCGAUCUCGUCCGCCUAUAGCCAUGCAACUGGCGAUGCCAAGAACAUGGCGGACGAAGCUCAUAAGUCCUACCAUUCGGCUUCCGACAAAGCUCGCCAUGGCUACGAAAAGGCUACUGCCUCGGUCAGCUCCAUGUGGGGUUCGGCCACACCCAGUUCGUCGCCCAUGCACAAGGCCCAUGACCAAUAUCAGAAGCUGAUUGGAAAUGUUCACUCCCAAUGGUUUGGAGAGCAGGAUCGUGGCGCGAUGAGUGCCAGCUCAGUUUAUGGUUCGCUCUUGGCUAUCUAUUUCUUGUUCUUGGCGCACCGCAUCUGGCGCAAUAGACGAUUGGGUCGCAUGACCGAUCCCAGCCAGACCACCAUUACUGUUGUUAAGAAUAACGAUUCUUUGCACAACGGCGAUCGCACGAUGACCAAGAUCGAAAAGUUCAGGAGCAACCCGUCACCUUGAUUCUUCUCGUCCUCUUGGAACUCUCAGGAUUCUCGCGCGUCGCUCUGCACACUCUCUUUAUCGGACUCGUGUCAUCGCAGCUGCUCCAGGGUGGCCUGUUGAACGAUCUGUUGACGCAGAUGGGUAUCGUUGAUGGUGUGCAUGCGUCUGGCCGCGAUAUUGGAACGUACAUGUCGUGGGGCGUCCUGGCCUUUGCAGCCUUGGCCAACGGCAUCAAGGUUCUUCACGAGUAAUCGCGGUGUUUUUUCCCCGCACCUGGCUCCUUCUAGUUUCUAAUCAGUAACAGGCCGACACUCAUCGUUUGAUUGUGUUGUUUAUCGUCAAACACUUGCAUUGCAGUAACUUGUACAAAAAUAAAAACUGAAUUGCGUUC